AUGUCCGCAUUACCCCAGAUAUCCCAUCUCGAGGAAAUCACUUCCUACAGCCACACCAUUGCGCCCUACCUACACCAGCUCUCCCUCGCCCAUGUCCUCCCACUUCUACGCCGUGAAGUGUCGCCGACAGAAUGGUAUCUGUCCACGAACCCGCUCAUCUCGGGGGUGACCUUCGCACUGUUUAUAGCUAGCGUGGUUCUGGUCGCAAGUGAGCUUAACAGAAACUACUCCCAGAUCGAUAGGCUGUGGAGUCUGUUGCCCGCGAUCUAUAUCGGCCACUUUGCCCUGUAUGCACGCCUGUCCGGAUUGAACACCGAGCGACUAGAUACACUACUCAUGUUUGGGUGCCUAUGGGGUGCGCGGUUGACAUUCAACUACUGGCGCAAGGGCGGAUAUAAUAUGGGCUCUGAGGACUACCGGUGGAAUACCGUCAAAGCGAACAUCCCCCCUAUCGCCUUCUUUGCACUCAAUGUGAUUUUCAUCUCGUUCUACCAGUCAUUCCUCCUCCUCUCCGUCGCCGCCCCCUCAUACGUCAUCCUUCUAUCCUCUUUCCUACCCGAGGCUGUUCUCCCACACUGGGCCAUGCCGGAUCUUCUAUUCUCGCGCGGUCUCCUCCUUGCGCUCAUCGCCGAGACCUUCGCCGACCAGCAGCAAUGGGCUUUCCAGACCGCCAAGGCGUCCUAUCGCGCUACUGGCGUGGUCCCUCCCAAGUUCGAAAAGGAGGAUCUGGACCGCGGAUUUGUAGUCACAGGGCUGUGGUCGUUUAGUCGGCACCCGAACUUCGCGGCCGAGCAGAUGGUCUGGGUGGGUGUGUAUCUAUGGAGCUGCUGGGUCGGUGAUGUGAUGUGGUAUUGGGGCGCUAUUGGGGCUGCCAACUACUGCCUGCUCUUCCAGGCAAGUACUUUACUUACGGAGUGGAUCACAGCGGGGAAGUAUAAGGAGUACAAGGAGUACCAGAUGAGGGUCAACAAGUUCUUGCCCGGGUGGAGAACACUGAUCGGUGGUGAUGAGCUCAAGGGCAAUAAAGAGCUAUAA